AUGUCCUUGCCUCCAGAGCAGAUCCGCAUCAAGCGUCGCAGGGAGGAAGAACCUGUGGAGACUCUGUGUCCAAAUCCCACCCUUGGGGACCCAAGCUCUUAUAUCCAAUCACAAACACGCGAGCCAAAGAGGCGCUUCACAGAUUUUGUGUUUAAGCGUGUGACCCCAAUUCAAGAUGAAGCUUUGGUUAGUGGCAUGUCGAGUCCGGGUGGUGCCAAGGGUAUAACCAAGACCACCCCGCGUCCAGAUAGCAUGAGCGCCGCUAUCCAGGGACCUAGUGUGCCGAUUGUUAGAGCUACUGAACCAGGAGCAGAGGUUGAAGAGUUGCGCCAUCUACUGGAGUUAGCGAAGAAAAGAAGCAGAGCCAGCUUGGCUAAGCCGCAUACGCGAUCCGUUUCCGCGAAAUUUCCAUCUCAGUCGUCGUCUCAAGCGAUGUCGACGGUUUCGAUUCAGUCUGCUCUGCGCAAAUUCUAUAUCACAACGCCGGAGCCUGACGAUCUUGUGCUUCACAAGGUUGGAGGCGGAGUGCUAAAGAGAAAGCUGCCCAAACAUGCAGUGGUUGUGGAACAGAAGGGUGACGGUAUCAAGUCUGUUUCAACACUAGGCGAACUUGCGAACGAUGUUGGUGGCCCUUCCAAUAUUAGGGCAGAAGAUGUAAAGCGCGAGGUCGAAGCGGCAGAUGGGAAGUCCUCCAUCACAACCUCGAGACGACGUCGCGUUGUUAACGAGGCCGAACGACGAUGGAAAGAACAAACUGGUGCAUAUCGAUAUUUGGAUCGCCAGGACCAUAAAGAAAAAGAGAAAACUGGCAAGUCGAUUCGCGAUGACCCCGCUACUUGGGAUUAUGACUCUAUCCAGCUAGUAAAUGAACUAGAGCAGGCUUCUUGGGAAGCGAUCGCUGCUGACCCUACUAAUCCCGUUUACCCUCCACGGCCGCGGCGCCGGCGUUAUUUGCCUAUAGUCAAGCCUCCUCUCAAAUUUCAACCGCGAUUGCCAAAGCAUCAACGGGACAGGGAUAAGGGCCGUGGAGGCGUAUUUGGCCAGCUUGAUGAGUCUGGUGGAUCUAGUAAGGAGUCCGCUGCCUGUCACGAAAUUUCUACAGUUGGAAAGGGCCUUGAGGAUGUAUCGUCCAUGAGAAAUGCUUUGGAGGAACAUGUAGUCUGUGCCAAGGUUGAAAACGACGAUGACACAGACUAUGUUUAUGAUAUCUUUAUUCGACGCCCGCUUCAAGAAGUUGCUGGUGACCCAAAAUUCGUCCCAUUCCAUGACGGCCACUGGUACGCGGAGCAUGAGAACGUUCCGAAAGACAUUGGAGUGGUUGUCAUUUCAGAACAGGACGUACAUUACUGGGACGCACUGGCCGAGGACGAUGACGAGGAAAAAGGCUGGAAUACGGAUGACGAGGAUUCAAACGGUGAGCCUUUUUAUUUCCUUGGGCUACAUUUCGUGGACAGCCGCUAA